AUGUUUUCAUAAUUAAUUCUUUCUACACUAUUAGGAUUAACCUAUUCUAAUUGGACUAAAACACCAUAAAUAAAAAUAGACAAUUUUAAUCAAUCAGAAUCUGCUGUCUCAAUUAAUACUGAUAAUAUUCAUCAUGUCAAAUAUCCUAAGGCAUAUGACUUAGAUUUGUAUUACAAAAAUGGAAUAAGCAAAUCAAGAAAUAUAAGUGAUUAUGAAAAGAUUAAUAAUACUUAAUUAUUUUAAUAAGGAUGCUCCUAUUUGGAAAGAUAAAUAAAAAUUGAAUAUUAAAUACUAAUUCAACUUCCUGAUGAUAGCAAAUAUAAAUAUACUGAUUUAGUAGUUGUUGGUUAUUCAGCAUUUAUAUUAACAAGUGAUAAUGAAAUUUUGGUAGUAAGAAAUGAAUUUAACGAAACAAAAUUGAAAGUAUAAAAAAUUCAGUAUAUUUUAGAAUGUAUAUUCUAAAAGUAUAGAUAUAUCUAAACAUUUAAAAGUGAAUUAAUUUAGAAAACCUAGAUUAUUAAAAAUUAGAGAUUAAAUAUUCAUUAUUUCAGAAAAUGAAGCUAUAAGUUUUGAUGUAUUAGAUUGGACAAAUGACACUUUACCUGAAAGUAGAAAACAUUAAAUAGAGGAAGUAAAAAGCAUCAAUGACAUUUAUUAUGAUGAAAUUUCAAAUAGGGUUUUUGUUGUUGCUGGUAGAUAAGGAAUAAUUGUUUAUAAUUAUGUUAAUGAAGAAUUAAAGAAAAUAUAUACUAUUAAUUUAGAUUAUAAUGUAAUAAAAGUGCAAACUCAUGAAAAUUAUCUAUUUAUAUUAGAUGAUAAAAGAGGAAUUCAUUUUGUAUCUUUGAAAGACGACAAUUAUAUUAUUGAUAGUACUUAAAUAUAUUAAUAAAUUAGAGUUUUUUAUUCCAAUUGAAAAUCCAAUUUCUUUUGUUUAUAAAAAUAAUUCAUUUUUAGUUAUUACAUAGACAAAUAAAUAAAUUAGAUUUGGAAUUGAAAUUUUAAUAAACUUAUAAAAUUAAGAAUAUUAUUAUAAUAAAUUCUAUUUAUAAGAUAUAGAGUUAAUAGAUGUUUAAUAAAUAGGAGAAUAUUAGAUUUUGAUAGGUUAUGAUGUUCAUAAAUUAGUAAAAACAAAUAUAUAUCGUGAUUUUAUUGAUGAAAACUUUUAUGAUGAAACUGAUUUUAUGAUACCUCAAAUUGAAAAAAUCUAAAGAAUUUAUAGUUCUGAAAAUGAAUAUUCAAAUUCAAGAGUUGAGUAUUCAUUAGGCCUCACUCCUAAUUACUUAUUUGUUAUGAUUAUAAUAGAAAAGUAUCCAGAAAUAAUCUGUUCAUCUUAAAAUUAAAUUGAAUAAAGUUAUAUGAUAAUUAUUAAUUCCACUUAAUGCAAUAAUGCAGAAAAAAAUCCAUUCAUUGUUUGUCAUGAAUAACAUUUCAUGAGUUUGUCAAUUAAUGAAAUUUUAUUAGACUUUUAAUCAUAAUUAAUAGUGGAAGUUGUUUUAAUUUUAGGAUUUAUAAUUUUUAUUAUCUUCUUAGGUUGUGGUAUAAUAAUGUGUAGGAGAUGGAGAUUUGCAAUAGAAAAUAUGAAGAGUAAGAGGAGAUAAUAUGUAAAUGUGUAAGUUGCAUGA